CUUAAUAACGCAUGAACUACAGGAGAAACCGCCAAGAGGAGACAGAACGCGUGAGAGACGGGGACAAGCUGCUGUCGAUGCUCCCCAAAUAUUUAUAGAUAGCGAAGAGAAGCCGAGGCACAACAUAGAGAGCGACACUAAAUAAGAAACAUUAGAAGAACGGUUUGCGGAAGAGAGCGAAAGGAUCACUUUCUUCUACCGGCAAACAGUGCCUGCUGUCUCCCUCCACACAAUCACACACAGACACACACCUUCCUGUUGUGGGAUUAAUGAGCGUACAGAGAGACACCGGUGCGUAAAGUUGAUGUGCUGAUCCGCCAGUCUCAUCUUACACUGUGGACAUUAUUGUUGUUUUUUUUUUUUGGAUGCUGGCUGUGUUCCUGAGGUCCGGGAUCCAGCGUGGAUUUUAGAACCAAUCACAGUGUCUUUGUCUGGAUGAGCGAGACUUGUUGGAUGAGAUUUCAAGACUUAUCGUGCGGAAUUACAACCAUGAACUUUGUUGUCAGUUUGCUAUACAUCCUUUUCGCAGCGGUUCUUCACCUAUCCACAGUAAAGACUGCCAGCAUUAACAAGGGAGUGGACAAGAGUAAAAAUGAGGUCAUCCCUCUCCUAGAUGUUUUUAACAAGAGUCAGUGUCAGCCCAGAGAGGAGCUUGUGGACAUCUCCAAAGAGUACCCGGGGGACACAGAAUACACCUACGCUCCUUCCUACGUCGUCCUCAACCGCUGCAGCGGCUGGUGCAAUGAUGAAGCAAUGGAGUGUGUACCUACGCAAACAGGCAACAUCACAAUGCAGGUAAUGAGGAUUAGACCAUUGAUAGCGGAACAUAUUAUUCAAUUAAGGUUCACAGAGCAUCAAAAGUGUGAAUGCAGACUAAAGCCAGAUGUUCAAGCAAAGAAAGAAUACCACUGUGGGCCUUGCUCAGAGAGAAGAAAGCGCUUGUUUGUGCAGGACCCUCUCACCUGUAAAUGUUCCUGCAAAUUCACACAAUUAGACUGCAAGUCCAGGCACCUUGAGUUAAACGAAAGAACUUGCAGAUGUGAUAAACCGAGAAGAUGAACCCAGCAACACUGUUAUGAAGGAAUUCUUUUCUUGGCACAGCACUUUCAAACCUGAGGAUGCAUUCCCUGCAAGGACACAAAAUGACAAUGCAAGACAGGAAAUCCUUGAAACAGAUCUUGCCACUGUCUUUAUUCCACCUAAAGAUAUUAAUAUAUAUGUAUAUAUAUACUUUUAGUACAUCGACAAUGUGUAUUGCUGCUACUUAAAACAAUACUAUUUAAAGUGAAACGAAUGCGCCACUGGCGUGUGAAUGGGAAAGGUUUCAGUGAUGUUCUGCUCAUGGGUAGAACUGGUAGACGAAAUCUAUUAUUUUAUUAACACUUCACUGGAUGCUGGUCUACUGUGGAUAUCUUUAAUAUUUCUAAAUAACUAGUGACACCAACUUUAACGAGCGGUGCAGCAGAAGCUGAACUCACUUCCAAACUCUGACAUAAGGACUAAGAGGAGAAGGAGCGAGGACGAGGAGGCGGAAGUGGAGGAAUGCCUGUUGUACUUGAACUGAAUGGCAGGUCCAAGAACUGUUUCCCUCUGUGACAUGAUGUGAAGUUUUGUCUCCACUGUAUGGAGUAACUCCAGUUUAUGUGAGAAUACACCUAAAAAGUGUCUCAGAGUUUCCUGACUGUGACUGCGGAUGCAUGUUAUGUGCCAAGGUGACGGAUAAUGUGAACAUGACCUUCCUUCCUCAUAGGGUUACAUGAUGUUAGCAGGAACUGAACUAGUUAAACAGGUCAGGUAGAUAAUCAUUUUAGCAGGUAGAAAUAUUUUAGUCAAUGUUAAAAAUUAAUUUAGGGUUAGGCAUCCAUAAGUGUUGGCAAGUAAAAAAUGACAAGAGUUCCAUCAGGGUUAUGGGUAAGAAUCAAGUACCUGUUUCUGGUAGUGCCUCCUUCAUGUAAUCCUUCCUGGUGGGAAAACAGAUUUGUCUCUCUUUUUGUGCACAGAGUUUAUUAUUUAUAUUUUGUGGUAUUGUGUUCCUUUCACAAACUGUCUUGAGACUAGGCUGUCUAAAGGGAUAUUACUGUAGGUAUAUACAGAGACAAGAAGGGACUAGACAAGCUGAUCGUAGAUCAGAUCAGCAUGUCGCUGUUGAAAUCCGUAACUUUUCCUUAUUUAAUGGCUUUGUUUGUGUUCCAAAGAAAUAGGCAUCCACAACAGAGCAGUUCAUCAUAAACGAUCUGUAUAUACUUACUAGGUAUUCCUUCGUCUAGUACUUUGUCUAAAUAUUUAUAUGCAGUGUUAUUUUUAUUUGUAAGCCUCACCUGUCUGAAGAUUGAAUGGAGAACAUGUAUGACUGUAGAAUCCUUCCUUUUUUCUUUUUUUUUUUGAGGGGGAUGGGGGGUGGGUGGUAUAAAUGCUUUGACAUUCCUGAUUUAAACUAAAGCUGUGUUUGUCAUGGUGGGGGCCUGUUGACCGAAAGAAACCCCAGUCACCAACAUGUGCGUGAAUGAUUUGCCAACACAGAUGUUUUUCAUUUUGGACUAAGGCUAUGGACACGUGGUUUUGCACUUGUGGGCCCAAAGGCGUGUCAUAUGGAGGACUGAGGGCGUCUUGUUGCUGGUGCUCAGCUCUGACCUAAUAUAGUGAAGAAUUGAACCAGACUGAGGCCUCUAGUCUGACGGUGGUAAACUGGCAUUGUGUUGAUUUUUUUUUAACACAGGCGCUACUAUAACUUCCUCAUUCCCAAGUAUUACACUGUUAUGUGGUUCAGUAGGUUACUGCCACUUACCACAAAUCAAACAUCCUUUAAUGCCAAACUCUUCCGGUGUGGAAAAAAAACCCUCCUCAUCCAUGUGUCAUAAUACAGAAGAAAUAUGACAUAAUGUUCAGUGUAGUUGCAUGGAAUAUUUUCAGUAGUGGAUGACAAGGAAACACAAGUUACAGGAACAAAAAAAAGAUGUACUGAUAUACAGUGCCUGUGCUUUCACAUCAACUAUUUAGCUUAAAAAAAAGAGUUGGUCCAUGAUAAAAACAAUUUAGUUGUGACAUUUAUAUCAAUUCUGUGUUGCCUGGCAAGUGUUGGGAUAUUCAUGUGCAAGAAUUGGUAACUUGUGCUCUCAAGUUAAUAACUAUUUAUUCCCUUGAAAUAACAACUUGUGUGCUCAAAUGAGUUUUUACAUACAUUCCUUUACAGAGUAUUUACAUGUACCUCAGUAAGAAAUCAAAUCAAAUCCAUACAUUGUCCACUGUUUAUUUCAGCACGUGUACACCCAAAAGCCAAAACUGGUCAACAAAAACUACACCGAUGGAGAAACAUCCAUGUUUCAUGUUUAUUGUUUUGUCAGAGUGAGUGUUCAUAGUUUGAAGACAUGUGAAUCUAUUAUUUAUUUGAAGGAACGAUUGACUAAUUUGUGUGCACAAAUUAUUCAUCCAAUGUCAUGAAUUCUUAACUUUACUACCUGCAAGGCACUGUACAAUAUCAUUAGAAAGUGUCAAAAGAUCUGUCAAAACUCAAAGUCAGUUAUUCUGUAGUCCAUUUCUAUAAUAUAGGGUCACUUUUUUUCUUGACUCCUACCUGUGUCCCUAUUGGUGUCAGCUGUACCACUGCUGUUCAUGUGAAUGGACUUUCUGUGCUGCCACCCUCAAACUUGGGGCCUGAGAGUGUCUUCACUGACCCCGGCUGCUGCCUUAGUGCCUAGACUCUCCAGUCCUCUGAUGAUGACAACAUUCUAUUUGUAUUUAAAUGACAGACUUGCUUGAGUUUAUACAGCAACACAUAUUUAGUAUAUUUUCACAUUAAUAUAUUUAUUGUGCUGUAAAAUGUUAUUAAUACGCUUUUUGUUGUUUUUGGUGUAAGCAUUAAACAUAUUUAUUUUG